AUGAGCGCCGGAGGUACAAUAGGGGCGAAUAGAGGAAGGUCAUCAAGUGCGUCUGGAUCCUCGAGGGGUGGAGGGAAUAUUGAGACCCCAGUUGGUCUAGGUGGCUUAUUUGCAGGCGGCGUUCCAACGCUUAAGAGUAGGGGUGGUAUUGGAACCGGCAGAGAGAACAAUAAGGCUUUGGCAGUGCCACCCGAACUACCAGGUGCACGUCCAAGAGCAACAAGUGCUGUUAAUUCAACGAAUCGAUCAAACCCAAAUGCACCUCCUCCACCCAAUCGAAAUUCACAGCCUAUACAAAGAUCGCAAUCACCACAACCUCAAAAACCUCGUCAAGUAUUACCUACUAAUAUAAUCGAUAACCAGCGAUCAUUAACAGCAGUUUUACCGACCAACGGAACACACAAUAUUCCUCGAAAUCCAUUGGGUCAACUUAUACAAUCUGUAGCAUUUGCGCCACAAGAACCCCCAACAACAGAAGGACGAUGGUCUUUUCAUCCAUCUUCUGAUUUUCCUGCCCCUCGUCCUUUCAUUAAUUCUGAAAAAUUAUAUCCAUCUGGUGCUUCUUCAGGAAGUUCAAUCCCAUUAGAAUUAUCUUCACUAUCCAUACAAGCAAAUCCACAACGUGCUCCGCCGCCACCACCAGGUGUUGGGCGUAAAAGAUGA